CCCUGGAGCAGCGGCAGCAUGGAGCUCGCGGGCCCCGCUGAUGAGAACCCCUUCAGAGAUGCCAGGAGCAUCGUCCCGCCUGCGCCAUCCUCCGGCUGCGGGCAGAAGAGCAGCUGCUGGAUUCGCCAGCUGAUCCCAUUCAACUUCUGGGAAGAGGCGAAGAAGCUGCUGGUGCUGUCGGGGCCAUUGACCUUGAUCCAGUUGCUGGUCUUUAUGAUACACAUUGUAAGCUCUAUAUUCUGUGGCCAUCUGGGGAAGGUUGAGUUGGCCUCCGUCUCACUUGCUGUUGCUGUUAUAAAUGUUACUGGCAUCUCUGUGGGGGUUGGUUUAUCUUCCGCAUGUGACACGUUAAUAUCCCAGACGUACGGCGGUAAGAACAUGAAGCGGGUGGGGACCAUCCUGCAGCGUGGCACCCUCAUCCUGCUGCUUUGCUGCUUCCCCUGCUGGGCUCUCUUCGUCAACACCGAGCAGAUCCUGCUGCUGGUCCGGCAGGACCCGGAGGUCUCCAGGUUAACCCAGGUUUAUGUGAUGAUUUUUAUCCCAGCUCUUCCCGCCGCAUUUCUGUACCAGUUGGAGACGAGAUAUUUGCAGAAUCAGAGGAUAAUCUGGCCGGAGGUGCUAAGUGGCAUCAUUGGAAAUAUCAUAAAUGCCAUUGCAAACUAUGUCUUUAUCUACGUGCUGGACCUCGGAGUCAUGGGUUCUGCCUGCGCAAACACUAUUGCUCAGUACACUCAAGCCAUCUUCCUGUUCCUGUACAUUGUCGCGAAGAAGCUCCAUGUGGAGACCUGGGGAGGCUGGUCCAGCGAGUGCCUCCAGGAGUGGGACACCUUCAUCACUCUGGCUGUGCCCAGCAUGCUCAUGAUAUGCAUCGAGUGGUGGACCUACGAAAUCGGAAGCUUCCUGAUAGGCCUGCUGAGCGUAGUGGAGCUUUCCGCACACUCCAUCAUUUAUGAGGUGUCCACGGUGUCGUACAUGAUUCCCUACGGACUCAGCAUAGCCGCCAGCAUUCAGGUGGGGAACGCGCUGGGCGCUGGGAACAUAGAGGAGGCCAAGAGAUCGUCCACCACCAGCAUGCUGUGCACAGGGUUUCUUUGCCUGGUGAUGGGCGUCAUAUUAGCAGCCACAAAGGAUGUGCUGGGAUACAUAUUUACCAGUGACAGAGAGAUCAUUGCCCUGGCGGCUUGGGUUAUGCCAGUGUACGUGAUCGUCCACGUGUUUGAAGCCGGCUGUUGCGUAACCAGCGGAGUGCUAAGAGGCAUGGGGAAGCAGAAGAUCGGCGCGAUCUUGAAUGCUGUUGGCUACUACGCCGUGGGCCUGCCAUUGGGAAGCGUGCUGUUGUUCGUGGCCAGGAUUGGAAUGAUAGGCAUCUGGGUCGGCUUGCUGAUCAGCGCCUUUAUCCCAGCCAUCUGCUCCGUCAUCUACAUUGGGCAGAUGAACUGGAAAAGGGCCUCCGAGGAGGCUCAGCAACGGGCAGGUGUGAGCCAGUUGGCCGGCAAGGAUUUGAACUCAGCUCCUGUCUCACACAAGAUGGCGCUCCCCUCUGUGGAAGCAGAAGCCCUGAACGGCGUUGUUCUGACGCGCAUCACUCAGAACGAGGGUCAGACGUACCAGCUAACGCUCCAGGAAGCCACGCCUGCCCUUUCCACUGUGGGUGAAAUGCUGUCUGUGAAGCAGCUAAUCAUACGGCGCGGGCUGGCCGUCACCGGAGCUAUUGCGGUACUCGCAGUAGGCAUUCUAAUAAGGGUCAUUACUAUCCACCACUAGCAUCAUGCUAGGGGUGGGGAUAAAGGGAAGGAGACCCCUUCUGGCUCACGCGGUAGCUGAAACAUGGACCCAGCUACAGACGACUAACACUCCACAGGUCCUACUGUCACAGCAAGGGCAAAGAUCCCACUUCAUCCGAAGACUAGAACUGACCAGCACUAUGAGUUGCUCUACAUGGUGCCCUUGGAAAUGGCCACAGGCUGCUAUGGGAAUCUCAUCCCACAGCUGGCUGAACAGGCUGGAAAUACUUAGGAGGACUGCCCUCUCUACCCGCAGCAGCUUCUCCAGUGCAAGCAGUGAUAACUUAUCACCACCGUGAACUUUUAUUGCUUGUAAUCAGAUAGCAGCAGCAAUAGCUUGUGUGUGUACAGGACUGCUGGCAUGGUGAUUAAAUGGCAUUUAAUGAUGAAUAAAUCUCUCAAGCUGCCAGUGAGGGUAUUGCAAUAGCUCCUCUGGUUUGAAAUUCAUGUUAGUGUUUGGCUGCCACGGCAGAAGACAAUCCCUGAGCUCUAGUUAGCUGUGAACCUCUUCAGAGCAUAUUCUCCAUCUCUGCUCUCAGAGUGGGGUAUCUGCUUCAGAUGCAUGCUGCCUGAAAGGACUGCUCCAUAGGGGGAGAGACAGUAGUCAGGGAAGGAACAGCUUUCCAAAGGAGUUUGCAUUAGCAUCAAAUCAUUUGACACAGGAACAGUGUGUGCAGAUCUCAUUCUUCCUCACCUCACGCCUCUCUAUGGGCCGGGUGGAGAUUUCAAUAAUAGGGGUAGCUCUAGCAUGAAGCUUCCAGUAGAGUUUUGCUGGCUCCCUCCCUAACCUGUAGUCAUACCCAGCACCAGGCUAUACUAACAGACAGAGCAUGAAAGGUUAAUAUCUGUAAUAACUUACCCCUCAGAGCACUGUUCACCUAGAGGUCAAAGGGCUUUUUCUGGGGGGGGGGGAAAUAUUCCCAGUUUACAAAUGGGGAAAGUCGGGUGAAGAGCCUUGCCUGGAACCAGUGGCAGAACUGCACAUAACCCCGGUUUCCUGACUCCCUCUCAGGUACUUCUCUCUACUGCCUCCUCUAUUGAGCCAACAAAGCUCCAUUCAUUCUUGUUGGUCAGUCAGCGUUUAUUUAGUACUUUCAAAAUCUAUUUAACUAAACAGCAUACAUUUCCAGCUACUGAACAAAAGGCAAAUAAUUUUUCAAUAUAAAUUCUUCAGUUAAAUUUAAUAGUAUAUCAGGUUAUUUUCCUUAUUGUUUAAAAAUAUUUGUUUUAAAAAGUUGGAACCUCUUCCAGUGCUUAAGUUUAUCCAGUCUCUUCCCCUUCAGCUGAAAUAGGUCCCUUGUUAAUUAACUGGUGUCUUCAUAAGAUUAGGUAUACUUCACUUGAAAGUAUGUUCUGGCUUCUCUCCAGCAGCAAAUGGAAAUAUGCCAAGAGUGAAUUCUUUAGUUCCUAAUGCUCUAAACACAGCCCCUGCAUCACAAAAGGCAAGCCGGGCAGAUAGGAGCACAGGUGACUGCAGCAUUACAAGACAGAUACCUUGCAACCCUCUAACAGUUGUAGCAGGUCUUUCACUUUGGAAGCUGCAGCUAGUUGACUGUGCGGUCAGAUUAAAUCACAGGGCUAACGAGUGGACAAUCUUUUUUUUCUGGGGGAGAUUCUAGGGAUACAUGUCCUGGGUUAGAAGGUGAGCAGCAGCCUCAAUGUACAUUUAGUCAGAAUUAGUCUUGAGUAUUAGUAAAAUCUGUCUCCACCACACCAGAAAGGAAGACAUAGAAGACUAAUUACAAGGUGUGGAAGAUACUUACUACAACACUAGGCAGAUACCAUAAAAGGGAAGUACUCUAAAGAAAAUGUAUCUGCCCAUUAAGAUGUAAAAAGGCUACCUCUGUUUUAUUUUGGGCUUUUACUCUUUACAUUAAGUGUAUCAGGUCCUGAUUUCCCUCUUUUUGGAGGACUCUGGAAAAAUCAUUGGAGGAACUGAACGGUGAUGGCUCCCAGACUGAAAUGUAAGCCCACGUUCUACUUCUCCAGCAAAGACUGGGUGAGCUCAGGAGGUGACAGUCCUGAGAAGACAUAAGCACGGUCUUGAUACAGCAUGGAGUAGCAACGGAGGGUGCUGCUGCUUCCUGCUUUGCAGUUCUCUUCUCGCUGGUUGCAUGACCAAUACUUUAUGCCCACUGCUGCAUUAAUCCCUGUAUUGCCGCAUGGCUUUUCAAAUCAACACGAAGUGCUAGCCCCAGCACUGUUACGAACUAGUGCAUUCUUACUUUACUUCUCAUUGCUUUGUGCCCUUAAUAUU